AUGCCGUCAAAACGACAGCGCCAACCAAAGACGGGCGAGUCACCCGACUCACCCCCGAACGGGCCUAUCUACUUUUGGAAACCCGAGCAACCCCAUGGUUUUCUUGGGCAGUGGUAUGAGUCUGAGUUCACCGUUUCUCAGCUCAAUGACGCUGGUGAGCACGUUGAGAUCAAGUACAAGAAUUGUGAACACUAUAUGAUGCAUCGCAAGGGCAUUCUCUUUGCCCCAGAUGACAGCACCACCCAAGAGAUCCUCUCCGCCGGCAAACCGGUCCCAAGCCCAAGAACCCUCAAGAGCCUUGGCCGCCAGAUCCCAAAUUUCGACGAAGAUAUUUGGAAGAAAGAGCGGUUGAAGAUCGUGGUGGAGGGGAAUUACUUGAAGUUCACGCAGAAUGAAGAUCUUCGGGCGCAGCUUUUGGCAACGGGGGACCGGGAGCUGGUUGAAGCGAGUCCCCGGGAUAGGAUCUGGGGUGUAGGGUUUGGUGCAAAGAAUGCGGAGGCGCAAAGGCAUAGAUGGGGUCUGAAUCUGCUUGGGAAGGCUCUGAUGGAGGUGCGGGAUCGGAUUCGAAACGAGGAGCGGAUGGGGUCGGAGGAACCGGAAGACGCUGAAAGUCCGAGGGUAAAGAGAAGAAAGUCGUAA